AUGGAGUUUCGGCCCGAAUAUGGCCGUCCUCCACCGGAGUUCUACCGAGGCGUCGACUAUCCUGACUACAGAGAGUUUCGUGAUUCCGACUACCGUGACUGGCCCCGGCACGACUUCACGCAGCAACGUGCUCGAUCUCAAUCCCGACUCGAUCCCGAAUAUAUUCCAUCUGACUUUCCUACUUAUGGCCGCCCUCUAGACAAAAGUCUUAGGAGCAAAUCACUCGAUCAUCGCGACGCAUUUCGUGAUGACCCGUCGCUAUUUGAUGAUCGUCGUGGAGUUAAUAUUCCGAUUUAUCGCGAACGUAAUGACAGGAAUUAUGACUACGAAAGAGAGUUAUACACUCCAUUUGUGAGGAAAGAGGACAGACGUGAUCCUACCUUGGAAGCCACUGGCCGAAGUGGUGCAUAUUCGCGUGAAGUUGACAUACCGAUGAAGAGAAUGCCUCGAGCACUCACAAGAAGCACUGAGUGGCUGGCUCGACUCGACCCAGGACGUGGACGACGUGAGUACGGCAGAUCGGAAGAGUUUCCUAGCUAUGGUCGUGAUGACGGUAGGGAGAUGUACCGCGACGAGAGCAGGCACAUGGAGGGUGACGCUCGCGGAGGAGGCAGCUCACACAAGCGUCAGGCACAUUCCAGCUACCAUUACGAGUCACACGGCGGUGGUGGAGCUGGAUUUGGCUCUCCUGCUCGUCGUGCCAUCACACAACAGCCGAUGCACGGACCAGCGCCCCCGGCAGGUCCCGGAGGCUAUCGUCAAAUUCGACACCAUCGAGUGAAGUGCUGUUGCUUCAACUUCACCUGGCCCCCUUGGAGUUACGAGCCAACGGCUCCUCCUCAGCCACUCUAUAGGAAUAUCUAA